CAAAGCCACUACGAGUCUACCAUCGCCAAGCUCGCAAACGCACCUUUAGCUCUGCGCCAAAGGUAGGCGCAGUGUCCACCUCGGCCAUGGUGGGAGAAGACAAAGACGCCUUACUGACACUGGCGGCAGUUUCGAAUUGGGGCGCAAGUCAUGCAAUGCCGGCGUCUGUCCAUGCAAGGACAAGGCAACAAAAGCUGAUGCUAAUGCUGGCAGGCUCCAGCAACGUCGUCUCGCGAGUGGAAAUGCAGCGUCUGGCCGUUCCGGACGUGGGGAAACGAGGUCAGAUGUGAGAUGGCAUCCGGCAGGAUGGGGGGGAAAGAGACUACAUACGCGGCUUUGCGACUUUAUUGGGGCGCAGCUUGGAGUUGGUCAGGCAACUAGGGCGGGCAGCUUUCAGGGG